AAAAUGUGUGUUCCGGACCGGCUAAACCCGCUCAUUGUAAGUAAUGAUUUGAUUGAUUUAAUUUACCCAUCGUCAUGGGAGGGCGAUGAUUAUUCCACUACUAUCAUGCUGAUUGAUGAAGAUUUAAAAAAUAACAAUAUUCAAUUGUACAAUCCGACGUAUCCUACAUAUCUCUUAUCUGCUGAUUUAAUUGUGAAAUCCCGAUCGUUGCUGAGCAAUCUGCAAUCUUCUUCUUGGUGGAACAUUAUUUCUCACUUUUUUGUGAUUGAAAAUCGUGAUAAUUUAUGUAAAGAUUCUUCAAAAGUUCUUCAAUCACUCUGGAAAGCUGAUUUACUCUCUUCAUUUUAUAUAUGUAACGAUUCAAACAACAAAACAAUGGUCUAUAUCUUUAAUCCCUUCACAAGACGGGCUCCGAAUCCUUGGGAAGAAGUUGACACGAUCGACAAACCAAAUGACAGAUGGACUCUCUAUAAACAACCAUUCAUAAACGACACAAGCAUAUGUCAGAACCUGACAUUUGACAAAACUAAAUUUUUGGACGGCUACGCAGUUAAAGCAGUAGGAUAUCCUGAAUUGAAUACAAAUUCAUCAAACUUUGGAAUUCCGGAUGAUGAAAGCUUGAGUACACAUUUACCUUACACUCACUAUAUGUUUUUUAAGAGUUUAUUUCCCGCGUUAAAUGUCACUCCCAUAUUUAGCUUUGACGAAAACGGCAAUUUUGUUAAUAAUACUCCUGUAGGAUUUUUAAAAUCUUUGAUAAACGGCACACAGGAUAUCAGUUUAAAUGUCCGUUCUGUCGCAAGUAAUGCUUCUUUCUUUGUUGAUACAAUUAAAAUAUAUAAGGAGAAUGGAUUUAUGAUACUGACUCAAAAGAGAGGUAUCACGAGGGUAUUUGAACAAGUUUCUGGGUAUUUUGACUUCGAGACCACAUUAUUUAUCAUCUUUGUGUUGUUUAUUACAUUCGUAGCAAUAGUAAGAAAUAAUAACCGACAGUACGGCUUAGGAUUUUUAGAUAUACUGAGUUUGACUUUGAGCAGAAGUAUCUUAGUACCAUUAAACAGACUAUACAUACGCGUUAUUUUCAUCUUGACAACAAUUUUAAUUUUUAUUGUAACUCCGUGUUUGCAAGGAUAUUUUUUAAGUUUCAUAACCAAACCAGAAAUUAAAAAUGUUGAUGAUUUACAAGACGUAUACGACCUCAAAUAUAAUCUAUAUGCGCAUUCUAGUAUGGAGAAAUUUAUUCGCGAACAAGGAUUGUGGGGAGACUUAGAUGAGAAAUAUAUACAUAUAACUUCACAUAAUAGACGUGAAUGUUUUCCUCGAAUUUUUCAUGAUAACACAACGGCUUGUUUAGCUUUAUAUUAUUAUCUAUUAACUCAGGCGUUGAAGCAUAAUAAUCUGCAUAUAUCGAAGGGAUUUGUUUCAAAAAGACAUGAAUCUUUUUUGGUGCGCAAGAACUGGGUGUUGAAGAACAAAGUUGAUCAGAUAGCAUCACGGUUGCAAGAAUCGGGUUUCAUUGAUUAUUGGGAGAAACGUUCAUUCCGUUAUCCUUUCAAAAAAUUAAAAGAUAUUGAGGCGAAAGAAUCAUCCUUGGACUAUCGUCAAUUAGAUUUUCAAGAUUUUGAAUUUGCUCUAUUUGUUUUAUCGAUAGGUUUGAUUUUCUGUACGAUCGUUUUUGGUAUCGAAAACUUCAUUAAGAGGGUGAUACAAAAACGUAGACGUGCAAUGAGACGUGAACCGCGAUUUGUUAAAUUACGACAGAGACUUCGGUACCGUGAUGGAAAAAUUUUUAUUAUCAAUGAAUAUUUGUGAUUUACUGAACAAUAUUCUCUUGCAUAUUAGUCUGUCUUAGUGUGGUUUGAUUACAAAAUUAACAAUGGAAUUAGUUAUCAUUAAAUUUUUCGCACCUUUGAUGAUAAUGUAUUGAUGUUUAAAGUGAAAAAUUAAUAUCAUUAGUAACCACAGUGUGUUGAAAAAUUGAAUUUUCGUGAUUCGUUUUCCGCGCAAUUAGUAGAGAUCUGAGUUGACUUUUAAAUCCAUAAUAAUAUUUUUCCUUAAUGAGAAAUUUUUAAGUACUAAUUCUGAUUGUAAUAGUUUGCUAAUGCGUACUUCAUGGGUAUACCAAAAAUACACUACACGGGGAGAAUUUUAUGGUAAAAGUUAUCAUCGAGUUAUGGUACAAAUUUCAAACUGAGUUCGAUAGUAGUAAAUAUCAUUUAAAUUGAUAAUGAUGUUAUUCGAUGUCACUCUGACUGAUUAUGCGAUUCAUUUAUUAUAGUUUUGUUCAAAAUUUUUCAUGGUUUAUAUAUGAUUAAUGUAUGUUAGUAUUAUUUGAUAUAUAUAGGCGAGAUAACUUUUAUAACUCCAUCAAAUAAAAUAUAUAAUAGUAUGUGAGAAUGUCUUGCAUGUUACUGAUAUUUGUACAUAUAUCUAUGGUCGAUAAAUUUUCAUUGUUCGAAAUGAUAUGAUCUCGGCGUAACGCUAGAGUAAUAUGUAAGCCAUAAACGCAAACUGAAUUAUAAAUGUCACAAAUUAUCAUAAAAAAAUUAAUACUUACGACGAUUGUAUUACAAAUUGUUAUGGACUUAUUAUCACAAUCUAGAAAAAUUUCACAGUCUGAUUAUUUAAAUUGGCUAGUAAUACUAUAGUAAUAGCACAAUGCAGUUGAGCAUAUGCAUUGCACUCUAUUUUCUCAAUAAAAUGAAUACUGUUACACGGAAAAAAAUGAUUGACAAUAAUCGUAGUUCAACUUCUAAUUAUUAAUGUUAUGUUCAAUAACUAAUGUCGUUUCAAUUAGUAAAAUUAUGAUUUUAGUUUUUAAACUGCUAUAAUUAACAGUUAAUCGUUUAAAUAUACUGCUCGACUAUUUAAAAUUACUACUUAAACCUUAAACAACUAAAAGACACUUGUCAAAAAAAUGCAUCUGUUAUUAAUUUCUUACGUUCUACUCAGUAAUAUUUACUAAUAAUUUUUUUCCGUGUAUCGAUUAGGCUUGUGAACUUACCCAACAUGCAUUAUAAUAAAUUUGAAAAAUUAUACGGCAAUUAGUGCUACGUGCAUUGUGUUUUUCCGUUCAGUUGCGAUAGUCACGCUAAAGGAAAUUGUUGCAAUUAGCAUAAAUAAUUUAAUACAGAAUAGAAAGACUUUUUUUAAUGUAUUUCGUUAAAAUUAAUAAUGUUCUUCAAUUUUCACACUUUUAAAUUAAUUUAACAUACAUUGUGUUGAAAAAAAUCAAUAAAAUUUACUUUUGAUUAUAUAUAAAGUCUUCAUAAAGAGUAAUUACAAUGGGGUGGAUUAAAAAGUUUAUUUGCUGGCUAGUAAUAGUUUUAAAUACGUGCAACAAGACAAAAUUUUCAAAUGCAUCGCGUAAUGAAGAUCAUCUCUCGACUUACAAUCAAGUGAUAGAUAUAUUGAAGUUGUGUGUUCCGGACCAGCUAAACCCUCUCAUUGUAAGUAAUGAUUUAAUUGACUUAAUUUACCCAUCGUCAUGGGAGGGCGAUGAUUAUUCAACUACUAUCAUGCUGAUUGAUGAUUAUAUUAAAACAAAUAAUAUUCAAUUGUACAAUCGGGCGUAUCCUACAUAUCUCUUGCCUGCUGAUUUAAUUGUGAAAUCCCGAUCGUUGCUGAGCAAUCUGCAAUCUUCUUCUUGGUGGAACAUUAUUUCUCACUUUUUUGUGAUCGAAAAUCGUGAUAAUUUAUGUAAAGAUUCUUUAAAAGUUCUUCAAUCACUUUGGAAAGCUGAUUUACUCUCUUCAUUUUAUAUAUGUAACGAUUCACACAACAAAACAAUGGUCUAUACCUUUAAUCCCUUCACAAGACGGGCUCCGAAUUUUUGGGAAGAAGUUGACAAGAUCGACAAACCAAACGACAGGUGGACUCUUUAUAAUCAGCCACUCAUAAACGACACAAGCAUAUGUCAGAACCUGACAUUUGACAAAACUAAAUUUUUGGACGGUUAUGCAGUUAAAGCAGUAGGAUAUCCUGAAUUGAAUACAAAUUGGUCAAACUCAGGAAUGCCGAAUGAUGUCAGCUUGCGUAAACAUUAUCCUUACUCUCACUAUAUGUUUUUCAAAACUUUAUUUUUCGCUUUAAAUGCCACACCAAUAUUUAGCUAUGGCGAACACGCUCGGUUUCUUAAUAAUACUCCUAUAGGAUAUUUAAAAUCUUUAAUAAACGGAACGCAGGAUAUUGUUAUGAAUGAACGUUUUAUCGCCGGUAAUGAAUCUUCAUUAGUUGACACUAUUAGAAUCUAUAAGGAAAAUGGAUUUUUGAUACUGACUCAAAAGAGAGGUGUCACAACGGUAUUUGAGCAAGUUUCUGAGUAUUUUGACCUCGAGAUCGCAUUAUUUAUUAUAUUUGUGUUGUUUAUUACAUUUGUUGCAAUAAUAAGAAAUAAUAAUCGACAGUACGACUUAGCAUUUUUAGAUAUACUUAGUUUGACUUUAAGCAGAGAUAUCUUAGUACCAUUGAAUAAACUAUACAUGCGCAUUAUUUUUGUUUUGGCGACAUUUAUUAUUUUUAUUGUAACUUCGUGCUUGCAAGGAUAUUUUCUAAGUUUUAUAACGAAACCAGAACUUAAAAAUGUUGAGAAUAUGAAAGACGCACACGAUCUAAAAUAUAAUCUCUAUGCUCAUCCUAGUAUCGAACAAUUUAUUCGUGAACAAGGAUUAUGGGGAGACUUAGAUGAGAAAUAUCUACAUAUUACUUUCGACAAUAGACGUGAAUGUUAUUCUCGAAUUGUUUAUGAUAACACAACGGCUUGUUUGGCUUUGUUCUAUAUUCAAUUACUUUACGCGCUAAAGUAUAAUAAUCUGCAUAUGUCAAAGGAAGUUGUUUUAAAAAGAUAUGAUUCUUUUUGGGUGCGCAAGAACUGGAUAUUGAAGAACAAAAUUGAUCAGAUAGCGUCACGGUUGCAAGAGUCGGGUUUAUUUUAUAAUUGGGAAAAACAGUCAUUACAUUAUCCUUUCAAAAAAUUAAAAGAUAUUGAAGCGAAAGAAUCAUCCGUUGACUAUCGCCAAUUAGAUUUUCAAGAUUUUGAAUUUGCUCUAUUUGUUUUAUCAAUAGGUUUGAUUCUCUGUACGAUUGUUUUUGGUAUCGAAAACUUCAUUCAGAGGGUAAUACAAAAACGUAGACGCGCAAUGAGACGUAAAUCGCGAUUAGUUAAAUUACGACAGAGACUUCGGUACCGUGAUGGAAAAAUUUUUAUUAUCAAUGAAUAUUUGUAAUUUACCGGAAAAUAUUCUCUUUCAUAUUAUCUGUAUUAGUCUGUAUAUUAGUGUGGUUCGGUCUCAAAAUGAAUAACAGAAUUAUUUAUCAUGAACUUUUUCGCACGUUUGAUGAUAAGUUAUUGAUAGUUAAAGUUAAAAUAUAAUAUUAUUACGCUGUAAAAAAUUGGAAGUGAAUCCGGAGUGAUUACGGAUUUUACGUAAGUUUGAAUUCACUCGGUUUCGGGGUCUUUCUAUAAAAUUAAACUCCUUUAAAGGAGAGAAUUUCGUUUCGAGGGGAUUAAUUCAAGAAACAGUCAUCCGCUCCGUAUUCACUCUGGAUUUAUUCCGUGUUCACUCCGCUAAUUUUUGAUAGUGUAGUAACUACAGCGUAUUUAAAUAUUGAAUUGUCGUAUUUGUACUCCGCAGAAUUAAUGGAGAUUUGAGUUGACUUUUAAAUUUAUAAUAAUAUUGUCAAUUAAUGCGAAAUUUUCAAAUUCUGAGUCCGAUUGUGAUAUUUUGCUGAUGUGUGUUUUAUGGGUAUGUAUAUACCCAAAAAUAUAUAUUAUCUUGCAUGUUCUGUAUAACUGUGAUUCAAUUUGAGAAUGAAUAAUGAUUUUA